AUGACCCAGCCCAUGGGUCUUCUGAUAUGGAGUGUCUGGGGUAUGCGGCUGGCUGCCGGGUCUCCGCAUCUGCAUGCGACUCUGGAUUCAGCUGGUGGCUUUGCCGUGACGUUCGACGGCGCACCUUGGUUAGAGGGCGGCGAGGUGCGCGUCGGCAACUUGUCCAGCCAAUCUGGCCUCGUGCUGCUUUCGCGCGCCCGAACACCCGGCAGGGAUGCCUUGGGAGGCUACGUAUCCGAGCAGAUGAUCUGGGGCCGCUCUGACACGAAGCGCCCGAUCAUGCAUGCAUCAAUUCGAGCAUACGAUGACGACCCCAGCUUUCUCGUUUUCGAGCAGUUUUUCCCGGAGGAUGUGCGCGUGGAUGCUGCUAAGUGGGGAACAAAACUGGCAGCGCCAGUGACUCUUUUCCCGAGCUUCAAGAGCCAGGGCCAUGCCGGCGAUCUUGAUUGCUUCGCCUACCACGGAGUCUUUCCCCAAAUGCGGAAUUGCAACUUGGCCAACUACACGCCGACCCAUCAGGGAGGAGCACCCCUGGUCCUCUACAAUGCGACAGCCAGCUCUCGGCCCAUGACCGUCUUCGCCCCACUAACCACGCCCAAGGCGCAGCACAUGUUCGCCGGUGACAAACUGAUUGGAGCCGGUGUGAAAGGUACGGUUCCUUUCAUCCCGUCUGGCUGGAAGCAGACGUUCAUCCUCUCCGCCGGCUUCGGGGUCCUCGAUGGCAUGAUGGUAUGGGGCGAUCGCAUGCUGAAGUUCACCGGAAAGCAGAGAGCAGACAUGUACAGGGACGACGUGGUUGGGAGCAUCGGAUUUUGGACUGAUAAUGGUGGGUACUACCACUAUGCAACUGGCAGCAAUGAGACCUACGAGGAGGUCCUUCCCAAAGUCAAGGAAUACCACGACUCCUUGGGGAUCCCAUUCAAGCACUGGCAGUUCGAUUCUUGGUUCUACCCCAAAGAUGGCAAAGUCGAUCCCGGCGGCGGUGGAGGAGCAGUGGUGAACUGGACUGCGCUGCCCUCGGUGUUCCCUCACGGUAUGGCAUACAUUCAGUCCAAGCUUGGUGUGCCGAUGGUGAUGCACAACCGUCAGUGGUCGCCCACUUCGGAUUAUGUGAAGCAUGAGCCCUUCAAGUGGUACGCAUCUCCGAAGGCCGCAGUCCCAGAGGAUCCGGAAGCCUUCUUCAGGUGGUUCUUCACGCAGCAAGAAGGAUGGGGACUGGCCAUGUACGAGCAGGACUGGAUGUGCACGGAGUACGACAAUGUGGAGGCUCUCCAGACCAACAUCUCCAUGGGCGAUCUUUGGCUCCAUGGAAUGGCCGCGGGAGCAGAGAGCAGCGGUCGCACGGUGCAGUACUGCAUGCCAUAUGCAUACGAUGUCCUAUCUGCCUCGGCAUAUCCGGCCGUCACCAAUGCAAGGGCAACAGACGAUUACAUAGGGCGCGACAAGCAAUGGGCAAUCGGAGCUACGUCCAUGUUCUACUGGGCGAUCGGUAUUCUUCCGUUUAAGGACGGCUUUUACUCCAGCAACUUGCAGCAAGUAGGGGGCCAGGUGGUUGGACCUGAAACCGCUCCGAACCGUGCUGCACUGAUGGCAGUGCUAUCAGGUGCGAUGGUAGGACCGAUGGAUGGCAUCUACCUCUUGAACUUCACUCGCGUCAUGUCAACGUGCAGGGCAGAUGGCAAGGUGCUCAAGCCAGAUCUGCCCAUUAUGCCGCUGGAGUCCUGCUUCAACGCAGGUGUCGAUCCAGCUGGAUGCCACAACUACUUCAGCUACUCUGACCUGCCGGGCGCUGGCCGCAACUUCUAUCUAUUCAUGGAUCGGCCGGGCCAACUUCAGCUGAGAGACGUCAUGCCGGCAGGACCUGGAGCAUCAGCCUAUGCAGUCUAUGACUGGUACGGGCGCACCCUUGCUUGGCUGGAUGCGGCAGCACCGGAGUCGGCCUUCAGCGUGCCGGGAGGAUACGAAAACCACAGCUAUGCAUUGCUCGCGCCGGUGAUCCGCAGCUCGGGAUGGGCGUUGAUUGGCGAGAGGGCGAAGUUGGUGCCGACAUCCUCACAUCGUUUCCGCGUUCUCGAUGCCAAGUCGGGAAUGCUGUCAGUGGAAGUUAAUGGGGUCGCCGGUGAAGCAGUUGAAGUCUGUGCUGCGGAACGCCACUCCGGCUUGCUGUGCAAGGAGAUCCGCUUCACGCAAAGUGGUUCGCUUGCAGUGAAGUUUGCUGCACAAGACAGCGGCUUAGUUACCUACGUCUAG